CUAACCUCCAAAUUAAAGCGGGUAGUUUACAAGUCAAAUUGUUUUUGCUUAAUUACAAUGGAUAGUGCUCCAAAAAGGGGUAGAGGCCGGGGCAGAGGCGGCCGAGGGAGAGGCCGUGGGCGCGGCAGAGGACGAGGAAGAGGCAAGAAAGCGGCGAAGGUAAUUGAGAGUGAUGAAGAGCUGGAUACUUCUUCAUCACAGCCGGAAGCUGCAGAAGAGCCCCAACCUGAACCUGAAGCUGCCUUGACUAGCGCCCCACCACCAAUUGAUCUAGAAGCUGAUAUCUCCCAGCUGGAAGCCCCCACUUUCACCACAAUCAACAGGGGCCCACCCGAGCCGAUGCUAAGACUGAAUUGGGACCAUAAAGUCAAUCUGAUGGGGGAGAAAGUCACAAACCCCAUGAUUCAUUGCUGCGAUAAAUGUUUAAAACCAAUCUUAAUCUAUGGUCGAAUGAUUGCUUGCAAACAUGUAUUCUGCUUGGCUUGUGGGAAAAAGGAGCACCAGCAGUGUCCUCGAUGCUUGGAAAAAGUGUCGCGUGUUGAACAGACCGGACUUGGGACCGUAUUUAUGUGUACGCACGGAGGUAGCCGCUAUGGUUCUACUGGUUGCAGACGGACUUAUCUCUCCCAAAGGGAUCUUCAGGCCCAUAUAAAUCAUCGGCAUGUUUCAACAGGACAACUGCAGCAAGGAAAUGCCUCAACACAGUCAAUGGAGGGGAUAAUGGGGGAACCCGAGAGGCCGUCCAUGAGGGCAAAGGCUAGUUUGGUGAACGACCCACGUAGUUCGCUGCAGCCUUCAGGACGACGUUCCACUCAAAUACAGUCAUCGGGAAUUCGGACGAAUCUCAUUACUGUGCCCAUUCAAGAGACCGCGCCUUCGGUUGUUCAUGAGCAAAUACCCACCACUCAGAACUACUACACUCAAUAUCAGCAGCAAUCCAACAAUAUGGCUCCAACUAACUAUGGCCAGCCCCUUCCGCCUAUGCAUUUGCCUCCACCGCAGCCUCAAAAUCAGUACUAUGGCGGGACCUCUUACAGUCCUGCUUCUGCAGCCUAUCCAGGAUAUGCAGCCGCGCCUGCGGCUCAGACUCAGCCCCAGUAUGUUACUCCGACAGUUCCGGGAACUACUAGAGUUGCUCAGCAGUACGAUUACAAUGCAGCGAACACUCAGUGGCCGAACAAUCAACAGUACUAUAGGUAGUGGUUGUAAGUGGUUCCAGUCAGUUUUGUUUAGGGGAUAUUUAUGUUUAUAUACAGAGCUCCAUUUGUUGUAAGUAUAAGCCUGUAAGCCGGCAAAGUCAAUAAUGUUUCCAUUGUGGUGUUAGUUCAAAACUAGUUUACUAGAUUUUUUCUAAGACUAACUGACUGUUCUGGGUGCUAAAUAUAACACAGCCGCAUUCUGUCUGGAACAUUUUUUACAAAAAAAUGAGAAAGAGAAACUGUUACGUUAGUUCCAAAUACAUAUUUGGUAUAUUUUAUAGACUUUGUGUUCUUUGUCCGUUGCGCUUAUAGCGUGCACUUAAGAUAAACUGAUACUGCACUUUGGCCUUUUGCGAUAAAUUGUACUAUAUCCGUCUCGUUAUUAGUUAGAAGUCUAAUGGCAUUUGAAGUCAAGAGUAAUAAACGGAAAAUGUUUACUAUUUA